AUGACAAAGCAUUCUUUUGUUUUGUCUGCAGUCCUCUUGCUCCUUUUCUUUGUUGCUAUCUCAGAAAUAAAGGCAACAGCGGCUCCAAAAAUAUGUGAAAAGGCGAGCAAGACAUAUUCAGGGAAAUGUGAUGCCAAGAAAUGUGACGAGCAGUGUAUAUCAUGGGAAAAAGCAAGCCAUGGUGCUUGUCACAAGCGUGAAGGAAAAGGCCUUUGCUUUUGCUACUUCGAUUGUUCUAAAGACAAAUCUCCUCCUAAAGCUCCUCCUCCGGCCGCAGGAGGGUCACCUCCUCCUCCGGAUGCCGGGUCACCACCACCUCCUGCUGGUGGCGGGUCACCACCACCUCCUGCUGGUGGCGGGUCACCACCUCCUGCAGAUGGUGGCGGGUCACCACCUCCUCCUUCCGCUAACUAGGGACUAUGUCCAAGCGAAAAAUGUGCCAACUUGAUCAUUCGAUCCUAGAGAUUAUAAAUAAAAGGAAAAUGUUUCCUGCAAUUAUAGAUUCUGCAUUCACUUAAGGGUAAUACGU